AUGCCCGUCUCCCCUCCAACAGGACGCAUCGGGCCACUCAAGUCCCGACGAGGCUGCAAGGUCUGCAAAACGCGCAAAAUCAAAUGCGGCGAAGAAAAACCCAGCUGCCACCGAUGCCUCGCCGCCAAAUACAAAUGUGAGUAUGCGCCCAACACCCACACAACCACCACGUACUCCUCCGCCCCAACAACAACCACAAUCCUCGACAGGCCCCUCUCAACGUCCCCCAACACCGUCUGGCGCGAGCGCCGCGCCUUCGCAUACUACUUCGAGCACGCCGCGCCCUACCUCGCCGGCGGCCUCGACCAGGCCUUCUGGGGCAGCGUCGUGCCCCAGGUCUGCCGGACUCAGCCUGCCGUCUGGGACGCUGUGAAUGCGAUCAGCACGCUGUUUGAGAGUCCAAAUCUCUGUAGUGAUUUUGUGUUUCUGAGUCGAAGGGAUGAAAAGGCGCCCGCGCUGAAUCGGCGGCAGAGUGAGGCGUUGGCGUGGUACGCUCGCUCGCUGGCGAAGAUCCGCACGCAGAUUGAGCGCGGGGCAGUGGAUGCGCAGGUUGCGCUUGUUAGUUGCGUCCUGUUUGUUUGUAUUGAGACGCUGCAGGGGCGUGUUGAGGAGGCGUUGCAGCUUUAUCAACAGGGUGUCAGGCUGAUUCUGGAUUUGAGGAAGGGUGGUGGCGCGGGUUCUGCCGCGUUGCUGGAGAGCACGAUUGUGCCGCUGUUUAUACGCCUGGGGACGGUCGCCUUGACAAUUUCGAGCGUUCCGGCUUGCGAUUUGUUUGAUCUGAUUGACCUCCACGGGGAGUAUAGCUUUACUUCACUUGAAGCAGCUCGCGACGCCCUCAUACCACUCGCUUACAGAGUUCUCAUGCUCCAAAAUGACGCCGGAAGCAAUCCCUGGCUCGGUAUCGAGACAAAUAUAACACCAGAGUUACUCGCCACACAGAUCACCCUACGAGAACGCCUAAAGCAAUGGCAUCACGCCUAUACCGAGUUAGCCGAAACAAUAUCUACAAAGCCCGCGUCCCCUAACUCAAAUUCACAGCCAAGCUCAAACUCAAACACAAGCAUAACUGCCCUCCUCCUUACCUACCACACAACCCUAAACAUGAUCGUUGCGACAUGCCUUACACAGAACAAAUCCGUCUACGACGCACACAUCCCGGGCUUCCGUACCAUCGUCGAACAAGCAAGCAGAGCCCUCGACGCCUCAGCAAGCUCGGACGCCUCGCAACCGGUAUUCACAUUCGAGCUAGGCGUCGGUCUCCCACUAUUCUGGACAGCUCUCGAAUGCCGAGAACCAUCUCUCCGCCGACGAGCACUAGCAUUAUUGCGGCGAGCACCGCCCAUGCAGGGAUUUUAUAAGUGCGCGCCCGGUAUCGCACUCGCAGGGAAGAUUAUGCAGUUGGAGGAGGGGUUCGCCAAGCAGAUUUCUCUGGACAAGCAAAGGCAAUUGAAAGAAAGGGAUAGUCAUCAUCUUCCAACUCCCCCAUAUGAUUACUCUUCCGAAGAUGCCGAUCCUGAAGCCUUGGUCAUCCCAGAAGAAGCGCGCAUUCGGCAUUAUAGUGUCUUUCGACCCCGCGAUCAGCCGUUCUUGCUCGGUCCGCAUGAUAUUUCGAAGUGGGAUAGAGAUCAGCUGUUCAUGCGGUUUGCGAGGUAUCACCCGGGUUCUGCUUACUGGGAAAGCUGGGGGUUGACGGAUGAGAUUGUGCCGAUGGAGUAA